AUGGAAAUAGAUCGAAAUAAAUAUUACGUUGAAAAUGAACAAAUUCCAGAAGAUGACUCCUUGUCUUCGAUUAUAUCAGUUAAAGUAGAGGAUUUACAAGAUACAACGAAAGACGAUGGACUUGAUCCUCAUGUGCUGGGGGUCAGAGAGACUAUUGAAGAUUCAGAAGCAAAGAAGAGAUGCGAAGCAUUGCAUGCGGACUGUCGUUCUAAUUUUACUCUACCAUCAGUUGAUGAGUUCCUUAGAACCUAUCUUCAAGAAAAUGGAUUCUUGGAAACGUUGAAUGCUUUCCAGGCGGAAUGGUUCAAGUUUCUUCACAAAGGUUUAAUAAAUGAAGAAAAAUCUCCGGUUCCAGAUAUUUUUAUGCAAAAUGUCGAGCUUGGUAACUUAGUCAAAGAUUUAAGAUCAGAAAAUGUUGAAUUAAAAAACUCGCUUUUGAAACUCGGUGAAGAGCUGAAGAAAACCAAAAAUGAGAGGGAAUAUCACAUGAUCAAGCACAGACAGAUCCUUCAGGAUAAAGAAAAGCUACACUUGGAUAUUAAAAGAAUCAAGGAACAUUAUGCUGAAUAUGAGCCUAUCCUAAGAAUGUUACGACAGAAAUAUGAAACUGCAAUGAAAGAGAAAACAUUACACAGAAUUGAACGUGACAGAGCUAUGAAUCAAGUAGAAGGACUUCGUCAUGCAUUGACCUCUUUACAACAACUUGGUAUAACAACAAAUGACCAAAAUGAUGUUGACAAUAUCACUGAUUGUAAUAGAAAGAAAGCAUGGAAGACAACUGACAAGAAGAUAACAAUGGAAUAUGAGAUAAACAAGAAUAAAGUGUUGACAAAAUCUGAUAGAUUUACUCCUUCUACAAAAUUAGUGAAUAAUUCAACAAGGGCUGCAAUUUGUGAUCUACCAGUUGAUCAUAAAGUAAACCCACUUCUGGUGAAACUAAAAAAUCAUCCGUAUAAGUUUACUCGUUUAGAUAACAGAAAAUUAGAAAUGGCUGUACAUGGUCAUGAGGCAACAGUAAGCAAAUUGGCUAUUCAUCCAAUCAAAUCAUGGUUGUGUUCAGUAAGUGAUGAUAAAUCGUGGAAAUUAUGGAGAAUUCCAAAAUUAGAAUUAUUAAUGGAAUGCAAACUGUCUACUGAUUGGUUAUCCUCCGUAGAUUUUCAUCCACAAGAUGAGAUUUUAGCCAUUGGAAAUGGAAAAGGAAGUAUUCAGAUUUGGAAAAUUCAAUAUGUAGAUGAUAAACCAGAAGAACUGGUUACUAAACGAAUUGGUAUAUUACGACAACAUUCUGGUGCUGUAUGGUCAAUCAAUUGGCAUUGGUCUGGUAAUUAUCUAGCAAGUUCUGGUGUAGAUAAUACUAUUCGUCUAUGGAAUAUUGAAUAUGCUACAAUGAUAUAUGAAAUGAAUAAAGGUUUAUUGAAUUCAUAUUCUAGUAUAUCAUGUUGUAUAAUACUUAGAGGGCAUAGUAAAUCAGUUAAUUCUGUUCAAUUUUUACCAUAUGGAAAUAUUUUAGUCACUGGUUCAACUGAUAGAACAGUAUGCCUUUGGGAUGGUCGUACAGGUCUAUGUGAACAUACAUUUUUAGGACAUACACAUUCAAUUAAUCAUGCUAUAUUCAAUCAACAAGGUACUAAUGUAAUAUCAUGUGAUAGUGGAGGUUUUAUAAGAUUAUGGGAUCUUCGAAAGUUGAACAAUUACACAUUUGCAGUGAAUCUACCGACAAUUACAACAAAAACACAUACAUCUACUACUACUACUAAUAAUAAUAAUAAUAAUCAUAACAAUAAUAAUAAUAGUGUCGAUAUGAAACAACUUCCAACUUCCUUCGACUUGAAUCAAUCCUACAGAAAAUCUCAUCGUUCACAAAAGCAUCAUAAUCAAUCAAAUUUACACCAAAAACAGUUUACACCAUAUGAACACUAUAAAAUUGGUGCUAAUCAAUUAGUAAUUGACUUGAAUAGUGAAUAUAUUGUUGUUGCUUGUAAUGAUUCAAAACUUUAUUGUGCUGAAAUUUUAACUGGUCAGAUAUCAACUUUACAAGGACAUGAAGAUUCAGUACAAUCGGUUGUAUUAGACUAUGAAUCAGGUUAUCUUUAUUCAUCAUCAAGUGAUAAGAAGAUAUGUUCAUGGAUUUAA